UCUCAAAUAUUUAUAUUUACCAAAGAAUAAACGUUUUUCAACAUUUUCGAGUAAUCAUGAAGAAGUGCGAUAGGCCGGUAGUUAAAACACUUGUAAUACCCGUUUUCUGAACUGUGUAUAAUGGUUGUGUAGUGCAGUGAAGUGCAUGAUAGGGAUGGAUCACUCGGCUGGGUUCACCGGGUCACCUUGGGCGGCUGUGCUGGGUCAUCACCCGAGCGAGGCACACGGGUACCCGCCCGCCCAUGCGCACCCGUCCGCACCCAUGCCCAUGGACCUUCACGUGCCCCAGGGCUUCCCUUACUACAGGUAUCGUGAGGAGGCCCUGUGCUGGUCGGACAGGAAACCCUCGGCGGACGACGUCGGGCAUCCCAACUCCGUGAACGCUCGGAUGGUGAACACGCAUGGCCUGUCCCUAGUACAUGAAGAACUUCAGCACGGCAGUAUCUUGGAGUUGAGGAAGGAGAAGAGCAGAGACGCGGCUCGCUCCAGAAGAGGCAAGGAGAACUUUGAGUUCUACGAGCUGGCCAAGAUGCUUCCCCUCCCCGCCGCCAUCACCUCCCAGCUGGACAAGGCAUCCAUCAUCAGGCUGACCAUCAGCUACCUCAAACUGAGGGACUUCUCGGGGCACGGGGACCCGCCCUGGAGUAGGGACCAUCCCUCCAGCAAGUCAGUCAAAGGAGGCUUGCGGUCUAGAACGCCGGCGGGGAUAGCAAUGGAAAUGUUUGAACAGCACCAAGGCACGCAUAUACUGCAGUCGCUGGAUGGGUUCGCGUUCGCCCUAGCUGCAGAUGGAAGGUUCCUUUACAUCUCUGAGACUGUGUCUAUUUACCUCGGCUUAUCUCAGGUUGAGAUGACGGGCAGCAGCGUGUUCGACUACGUGCAUCAUCAAGACCACAGCGAGAUGGCCGAGCAGCUAGGCCUAGGGUUGGCCCAGGGACAAGGCCUAGCGUCCCCCAGUAGCGCGGCCAGCGAGGAGGGCACCAACAACACGGCCAGCACGGCGAACCCUGACGUAUCCUCUCUAAUGGCACUAAACGCUACGUCAACAUACAAAGGAUUAGAGAGAGCGUUCUGUGUUAGGAUGAAGUCUACAUUGACCAAACGAGGAUGUCACUUCAAGUCAUCAGGAUAUAGGGUGGUACUACUGCUGUGCAGACUGAGGCCGCAGUACACAUUCUCACAUAGUCGCAAGAGUGCGCCUCCGCUCAUGGGGAUGGUGUCCCUCGCCAUCGCUCUCCCACCACCGAGUGUCCACGAGAUAAGACUGGAGUCUGACAUGUUUGUUACUAGAAUCAACUUUGACUUCCGGAUAGCCCACUGCGAACCCAGAGUGGCCGACCUGCUAGACUACACAGCUGAGGAGAUCACGGGGAUGAACCUCUACACCCUGUGCCAUGGGGAGGAUGCCAACAAACUGAGGAAGAGCCAUAUAGACUUGAUCAAUAAAGGCCAAGUUCUAACUCACUAUUACCGAGUGAUGAACAAGAAUGGAGGUUACACCUGGAUGCAGACUUGUGCAACUGUCGUCUGCAACUCAAAAAACGCAGAGGAACAAAACAUCAUCUGUGUCAACUAUGUUGUUAGUGGGAAGGAGUACAAGAACAUGAUCAUGGACUGUUGUCAGCUAGAAGAGAACAUUGCUCAGAGAGGAGUCAAAAGAGAGGAGGCGGGAGGGAACGACCCAGAGAAUGGCUCUCCAGAUGCUGACAAAGGAGAUGGCCGCAACAGUGGAGCGUCCCGCAACCAUGACCACCACCUCAGUCCGCCGGAUCUGGAGGACUCAUCAGAAGGAUCCGGAGACCCUCAGAGAGGUAGAGGACACCUGGAGCAUGCGUCUCAGCUACAGGCUCCAGACCGCACCCAGGUUUUGACUGCUAGACCACCAAAAAAAACAGAAGAAAUUCAGCAGAGGGGCCAGAAGAGAAAAUUGUCUGGAACACAAAGAGAAGACGAGAGCAGCUGUUGCAGCUCCGAGGAUGAGGAAAGGCUGAGGAAGCGUUACCCGGUGCUGAGUCCAGCAUCAUCUUCAUGUCACUCAGUCCCCGUGGGAAGUCCCAAGCCAACCAUGGAGGAGAGCGACACAGGUGGAACCUCUGUCAAAGACUUGGAACACGCCAUGUCCAAACAUCUACCUGUGGCGCUAGACAAAACACCAACAGACUUCAGCACCGACACUCUUCUGAAGCAGCAGCAGAAGAGUACGAUCCAGUGGAUAGGAGCAUUGCCUCAGCACGCUCAACCCGGGGCUCCUCUCCCUGCGUCAGCACUGCUAAGACAGCUGUACGCAAACAGAGAGAGUGUGAUACGCGCCAACGUCCACGCAGGCAGGACAGGGACGGCGGGCAGUUACUAUACCGGAGACAUGGGACCCCUCCCGACACCUCCUGGUAGCGAGGGGUCCUACGGAGAUCAGUUUGUCCUCUCGCACAACCAGAAAUCCGGAGACACUUUUGGAGGACUCGUCUCGUCCUACUCGGCCCCCGGCAGUUACACAGUGGACUACCACUCCGCCAUGACACCUCCGUCGUCUGUAUCUCCACGAGACAAGCACCAACAAGUGCACAACACGUUUGACAACCCUUCCUACACUGAUGUUCUGCGGCACCAGUACAACCUACCCCUCGGUGCCGACAGUCCGGCGCAACCCCUACCCCUCAAGCCCCAGCCCUACCCCGUACACCCCACUGCCAUCGACUACGCUACCUCAGGCCUCGAUCAGUCGCAGUUCUAUCACUCCGCGGGCUUCCAUCUCUACCACCCUAACAAAACUGCCAACGCUUCUCCCGCUGUUUAUCCAGAGACGCUAAAAAAUAGUGCUAAUUGGUACUCGACGCCGUCAUAGUACGAUUUGUUGUUUAAGCGGUUCUUUUGUUAAAAGUGUAUACUAUUGUGAGCGAAUGUAGAAAGAUUUGUAAAUUAUUAGUCUUAAUGUAUAUAGAAGUGGAUCGAAAAAGCGAUACGGAAAUACAGGAAACUUUAUUCUACCGUGAUUGAAUAUUAGAAAGUAAUUAAUUUUACUCAAGUAGUUCUGAGAACAGAACAUAGAAGGAUGAUACUAAUGACUUGUCAUCUAGCUUUAAAAACAAAAGAGAACAUUAUUUUUAGUUGCGCAUUUAACUUAUUCUAUGCUCAUAUAGCUUUAAGGAAGUAUUUAUUUUGUUUUGAAUCAACCAAGGGUUGCAUACCGAAAUAGACUUAGAUUUAACUGGCAUAAGAAGUUUUUAGAAAAAUUCAUUGCGUUUAAAAGAAACAAGAAUAAACCAGAAGACUAGUGAUUUCACUCCUGGUCGGAAGAUUGUGAUAUUCUCUUCUGUUUUUAAAAAUUAUUGUAUAAUGUAAUGAUACCAACAGUAUUAUGUACAGAUGUGUAAAAUUGUCCACCUAUAAAACCACGAGCUUUAUCUAUUCGAUCAAUAUUUUAUGGUGCUUUCAUGUGUUUUAUGCUGCAGUUUUUUAAUAUUUUUUAAAUAAUUCGUUAUAAAGUCUUGUAUUAAUGUAGUAAUGUAUUUACAUUGUAAAAUUUAUUGUUUUGUCGAAUAUUCAUGUUGAUAGGGCUGAAUGAAACAUACCAUAACUAAAUUGUGUGAGGGCCAUUGUCAAUUUUAGGACCUUUGCACACUACACUGACUGAAUUAAAAAAUUAACUGCCUGUUUAAGGAGAAUCUUUUAUUCAUCAAACAAUGUGUCCCUGAUCAUACAUUUUUUUAAUGUUCUAUGUAGUUUUAUGUCAUUGUCAGUUGAUUGUUUAGGGCAAUGUAUUAAGCUUAUUUAUUUUGAAACUUAUAAUUUAUUUUCUAUAAAAUGUAACUAGCAUUAGCCUACAUUGAAAGCGAAAUACUUGUGAAUAAUUUAACAGGGCCCCAAAAGAGUUUAAAUUUUGACACCAUUGAGGCUAUAAUAUCCUUUGAGAUCGAACUCUGUGACUUAUUUUGGAUACACAUUUACUUCAAUUUAUAGAAUUUUUAAGUUUUUGUACGAAUUAUUUUGACUCACAACUUCAACACUUUUCCAAAUUUUCUGAUACAGUGUAGUAGGAGAUUAUUUUUUACAACCAAAUGUUGUACCUCGCAGAACAAUAAAUAAUUUUAAAAAUCUAACCAAAUUUUUGACAAAUUAUUACAACAAAAUGUUUUUAAGGAAUAUAGGUGUCAUAAGGCAAAGUAAAAAAAUAGGUGUGUUGGAAUGGAAAAAAUCAAGGUUCAUUUAAAAACAACUGUGCAAACGUCCGUAAUUGCAAACCUGAGGUAUAACUGCAGCUCUCUAUGUAGUUGAGGCAUGUAGUAAAAUACAUUCCGAUAUGAUUUCAUGUGUUCUGUAAAUAAAUUAAAAUAUGUAAAAAGUUUUGUUUACGUAUAAGUUAAACUUGUGAUCAUUAUUCAUUUUGUGACAGUACUUCACAAAACUAAAUGGCGAAGCCAAAGUUUUAUUAUUUUGUUAGGUUCUUUGUUAAAUCAACAUGUUUAAACUUUUAAAUAUUUAAAUUUAGGUUAGUUAUUUAUGCAUGUAUAUUACACCGAUGUAUAUGCAUAAACAACAAAAUCAUUGUUGUACUUCUAAAGCAUCUUUUGUUCAGUUUGAUUUAGAGCUGUUUGUUAUUAUUAGUUUCUAGAAGAAUCAUCGUUUAGCUCAAAACUUGUGCAAUAGGUAGUUCCCUCAAUGUUUUCAUAUUGUGUUUG